AUGUAUAACGAGAUAGAGGAAAAUUACGAUGACGUCGCCAUUAGCACAUUCAAGAGGGGCCUGCCAACAGAGCAUGGUUUAAGAAAGUUUCUAACUGGGAAACUGGUUACCAGCGUGCACCAACUCAUGGACAGAAUCGACAAGUACAAGAGAGUCGAUGAGGACCAACAGACGGGAAAAGGCAAAGCGAAGGUUGUCCCUCAGGAGAGGGGGGACUUCAGGUCAGACCGCUUUAACAAUAGUAACCGGCCGAGAAGGGAUUACUCGGAGCAAUCUGGAUCCACAGGGGCACAAGCAAUCCAUGCUGUGUUCCGAGAACCAUUAUAUAAGAUCCUAGAGAAAGUGAAGAACGAAUUGUUCUUUCAUUGGCCAAGUAGGAUGGUAGGCGAUCCCGCGAAACGUAACCAGAAUCUGUAUUGCGAAUAUCACCAAGAGCUAGGCCACACCACCGAUAACUGCAGGAAUCUGAAAAACCACUUGAACCAGCUGGUCCGAGAGGGAAAGCUGAGACACCUCUUGCAUCAUCCUGUUGGAUGGCAGGAGCAGUCGAACGUCGAAACAAGGUAA